AAGUAACCGAAUUCCCAUGCUUUGAUUGGGUUAGCUCUUUGUUUCAAUUUAAUAAGACCGCUAUUUCCAGGAUCUUUUGAUUUCUUAAAGGACUCUAUAAUCUAUGUCUAUCCCCAUGAUUUGUCAAAGUGUGGAAUUUAGGCAGGAACAUGUUUCAAAGUAUGACACGUGUUAUGUAACACUAUUUCCCCAUAACUUUGUCAUCAGCAGGAAACCAGAGGAUUCUGUCCUAGUAAGGAUCCCUACUCAUUUGAAAUGAUUGUGUGGUCAUUCAUAGUUACAUCUUUAGACUGCUAAUAGUCUUGAGUCUUGGGGAUAAUCCACAGUACUUUAUAGAAUUAGGUCAUCAAUCAUUAUAAAGUACCAUGUCUUACUAAUGUUCUUUCUGGUACAUUCAGAUUGAACAGCUCAUUCAUUAUUAGUACCAAACAUUUCAACCUGUUGUAGACAUAUACCCUUUUGUGAGUUUGGGGUGGUUGUUGUUGUUGUUCUUCUUCUUUUAAAUGUAGAAAUCUAAAUAUUUUCACCUUUUUCUCAAAGUGAGAUUCCCAUACUAACUAUGUACUUCAAUCCAUAUCAGAAGGAAUCCCCCUCUAAAAUGAAGAUUGUUCUAUAUCCAGUGGUGUUGGUAUUAGGAGAUCUGCACAUCCCACACCGGUGCAACAGUUUGCCAGCUAAAUUCAAAAAACUCCUGGUGCCAGGAAAAAUUCAGCACAUUCUCUGCACAGGAAACCUUUGCACCAAAGAGAGUUAUGACUAUCUCAAGACUCUGGCUGGUGAUGUUCAUAUUGUGAGAGGAGACUUCGAUGAGAAUCUGAAUUAUCCAGAACAGAAAGUUGUGACUGUUGGACAGUUCAAAAUUGGUCUGAUCCAUGGACAUCAAGUUAUUCCAUGGGGAGAUAUGGCCAGCUUAGCCCUGUUGCAGAGGCAAUUUGAUGUGGACAUUCUUAUCUCGGGACACACACACAAAUUUGAAGCAUUUGAGCAUGAAAAUAAAUUCUACAUUAAUCCAGGUUCUGCCACUGGGGCAUAUAAUGCCUUAGAAACAAACAUUAUUCCAUCAUUUGUGUUGAUGGAUAUCCAGGCUUCUACAGUGGUCACCUAUGUGUAUCAGCUAAUUGGAGAUGAUGUGAAAGUAGAACGAAUCGAAUACAAAAAAUCUUAAAGCCAGGCCUGUCUUGAUGAUUUUUGGUUUUUUUUCAUUGUCCUGUUGAAAUCAAGUAAUUAAACAUUUAAGAGCCACAAAAUUGUAUCACUUUUAUAAUAUUUUGCAGUAAAAUAUAAUACCAUCUUCUCUGUUAAUACAUAAUUGCUCCAAGCUUCCUGUAAACUAUAAGAAUAUAUUUAGUUUACAGUAUAUGGAUUCUAUGAAAAAAUGUCCACAACACAGUAAUUGGUCACUUGUUAAGAAAAAUUUAUCCUUGUAAAUAUCUUCAAAGUUGAUAUUUGGAACUUUAUUCCAAAAGUAGUGCAUGUGGAGAAAGAAUCUAGACUUUCUUGUACACAUUUUUCUCUUCUCCCGUAAUAAACAAUUACUUUUCAUUUAUACUUUCUUGAUAACCUGUAUUUAAUUUUAAAAAAACAUAAAAAUGAGGAACCAAGUGAAACUAUGGAUAUAAAUAUUAAAGUGGACGAGAUGACCUUCUCAGA